GAGAGAGAUUGUGUGUCCUGGUUAGUCUCACGAGUGAGCGAGAGAGUGAAAGAGCAGGGAGUUUCUGCAGCGUGGUUUACGUGCACGACUCAGGCGGGCAGACAGACAGAGGUGUGAGUUUUAAGAUCCUUUUGAUGCUGGGCACAAGAAUUUCACAUCUGUCACACAAGGACCAUAACAGAUCCCAUGCAGUCUCAGCAACGUGUGGAAGUGGUUGGCGAUCCAAAUGGCUCUCGGGUUAUCUUCUCCAGGGAGCCUGGAGUUUCCUCAGGCCAGCAGAUCCUAACGUCUCCAGAGCUGGCCCAUGAGGUGGUCAUCUCCCCUGGGCUCCCUACGCCUCCUCUGAGCCCUUUUCGCUCAGCAGGGUUGCCAUUUGGAGAGAUGAUGUCAGAGGUGAAUGGAAAUGGACUGACAACUCUCAGCUUUGGAUCUUACUAUGGCCCCUCACAAUUGCAGGGUGGACUGUCCAAUGGCGUCCAGAGCUCUGGCACUUUACCUCGCAGCUGGAUGCCCACUACCAGGGAGGAGAGGCUGAUCAAGUUCUCAGGAAUUGGACCAGUGGAUGAAACUGGGAUGCCCAUUGCCUCCAGAUCAAGUGUGAACAAGCCCAGAGACUGGUACAAGAGCAUGUUCAGACAGAUUCACAAGAAGCCAGAGGAACCUGAGCUGGAGGAUUCGGAGCGGUGGUCAGCCGAACGGCUCCAGCUAUCUGCCAACACAGAAGAAAGAAAUGAAGCAGACAAGAAUCUCUUCAGACUAACCCCUUAUGGCGCUCUCCCAGACUGGAGCGAGGAUGUAGAUAAGCUGUCAGACCCGGGAAAGCAGCACCCUCAGCCGAGGAGCAUAUUUGACUUUGAGCCUGGAAAGAGCAGCCCCUCGGGAAGCCACAGCCAGGUCCACGUGUCCCCGAAGAAACAACCUGAGCCACCAAAGUCCACUUCAAUCGAGGCCAGCCUGGUCUCUGAGCUGAGUCGGUUUGAGGCUGAGCUGGACUCGGAGAUCAAGGGCCUGGAGAGGACGCUUUCCCAGAAGAAGCAGCGUCGAGGCCGGGGUGAGGGGGCCAGAGACGGGGACCCGGUAACUGCUCCAAAGACUGCCACUGCAAACUCCAGCAAUUCAUCAGCAGCCAAGCAACCUGUCCAUCGCUCUGUUGGCACAUCAUUGACCUCUGCUCCCACAUAUGUAGAACGUCCUUCCCCUGCAAAUGAAACCAUGGAGCUCCCACCUAAGAAAGAGGAGAAAAAGAUGAAAGCAGCGCGAGCCAAGUUCAAUUUCCAGGCUCAGACACCCAAGGAGCUCACGCUGCAGAAAGGCGACAUAGUUUACAUCCACAGGCAGGUAGAUGCCAACUGGUUUGAAGGGGAACAUCACGGAAGAGCUGGCAUUUUCCCCACGUCUUAUGUGGAGAUUCUGCUUCCUACUGAGAAGCCCACACCUACAAAGUCUCCCACUCUACAGGUGUUGGACUACGGGGAAGCUGUGGCUCUGUUUAACUUCAACGGGGACCUACCUGUUGAACUUUCUUUUCGGAAAGGUGAGACGAUCGAUAUAACCAGGCGUGUUGACGAAAGGUGGUUAGAGGGGAGGAUCUCAGGGACCAGCCGGAGCGGCAUCUUCCCAGCCAAUUAUGUCCAGGUCAACAAGAUGCCCCGCACCAAAUUCUCUACUGAUGACUACUCGCCAGGCCCCAUGUCUCCCGUCUCCCCCGGACCCCAGAGUCCAGGGCGUCCCCUCCACUCACCCUGCCCACGCUCACCAUUAUCCCCUUUCACCCCCACUUCCCUCAGCCCCAAACCUGAACACUCCCCGCUGAAGCCGUCUUCGCCUGUACCUUAUGGCAUCCCAGCUUCACAGUCACGCUCCCCCACCCAGACACCUGUAUCCAAAGAAAUGGCCGAUUGGCGGCCGUCCAAAACGGCGUCCUCGCCCACCAACUUCAACAGCCAAUGGGCUGGGGCCCACUCGGCUGACCAGAGCUCCGUGGCGAGAGCUGUUUCACCUUCCACUCAGUCGUCAGCGUCUGUACACAGAGCUGGAGCUCCCGUAGCGAACACUCCCAGAUCCACUGACCCCCCACAGGGUGCGAUACGAAACCAGGCGGCUCGGUCUUAUCCACACGUUAACUCCCGGCCGCAAACACAAGUACCAAACAACCCUGAUUCAACAGUGGUGCAACGCCAACCAUAUAAAGCUGUUUACAACUACAAACCACAGAAUUCAGAUGAGUUGGAGCUCAGAGAAGGAGACAUUGUGCAAGUGAUGGAGAAAUGUGAUGAUGGCUGGUUUGUAGGUACGUCAGAACGGACUCGUGCUUUUGGGACCUUUCCUGGGAAUUACGUGGCACCUGUUUGACCUGCUCACUUCCUGCUUGCCCCCCACCCACCUGGACUCAUAAGAGCCCAACCAACCAAUCACUCACUCAGCUCUCUCCAGCAGAUCCUUCUUUGACACUGCAGCAUUUCUUCAUCACACUCCCCUACACUCCCUAACGUGGCUUAGUCAGACCUGCAUGUUCAACAGAUGCGAAGGCAGGGACAAUGAGUGGUUUUUCACCUCACCUCCCUGCAUGAGAGAGUGUGUGUGUGUGUAUGUAUUUGUGUGGGUGUGUGUGUGUGUGCAUGCGUGUGCGUGUGUGUGUGCGUGUUCCACUGAGACUUGGAGAGUUGUCACACACACCACUCGAGAGAGGAAAGAAUGAAUGCUGAUGAUACUGUUUCACAUGCAAAGAAUGGACUUUUUUGUUCCACAACUAGUUGCAGCUGAAGCAAAUUUACAUUCCUUCCCAGUGAACAGCACUGUUCCUUCUGAGGUCCUGACACAGUGUGACAGUGCAUUCAGCGUCUUCUUUUUUUUUUUGUCACCACAGCGCCAUCACAAACCACUGCUGAGAAUUUAUGAAUUAGGAUGGCACAUUUUCGAUGGAUUUUUUUUUUUUUUUAAUCUACCCUUCAAAUAUCUUCCUCAGAUUCUCUUCCAGAUCUCUGAAAGUUCCCUGGGCAAGUUUGAGGAAACGACAUGGACAUCUGUAGAUGUGUGCGUAAAGUGAAUCACAGUAAGGGCGCGGACGUGUCAAGAGAAGUUUAGAGCCUUUCACAAGGCUAUGCAGAAGAGGAAAUUAACAAUUAAUGUGUGUACUGGUUUCCUAAGCAAGUUAUUCAUUAGAGAAUAUUUUUGGGUUUUUGUUGGAUGUCCCUCUUAAGCCAUGAAGUGGAAUGCCAAAAGUGAAAGUAAAGAGAUAGAUCAUGUUCUGCGCUUUAAGAUAAGUUGCUUUGCUCUGAAAUGAAAUGUCAAACUGUUAAGUUGUACAAGAUCAGCCGAGUUGAAUAACUCCAAAUAAUAAAUCUGCAGCAAAUGGGUGAAUGAUCUUUUGAAGUAUUUGAAGUACUGUAAAGCUCUGUGUGCCAAAUCUAACCUUCCAUGACAUUUGUAUUUCUUUUAAUUCUCCAUUAAACAAUCCCAGCUGACUUUAUUUCUGCUACUGCUGCUGUUAUGUUUCCUCUGUUUACGGGAAAAACAUUCUCACUUUGACAGUAUUUCCAAAAUCACUUAAGUUUGUACCAGUGCAACUUUUCACAAGUGUGACCUUUCUAAACCCAAUUAGACAUCAUAAUCAUGUGGUCAUUCUGCAAUUUUAUAUGAUAUAUUCAUGAUUUCCCUGUAAAAAUGAAUAUUUAGUAGACACAGGAGUUAAUUGUACAGACUGUAACCUUUUAUCAAAUUCAAAGUAUAAUAUAUAUUUGCUUAUAAAACAAUGUAUCUCAUAUGUUUGGUACGCAAUUUUUUUUAAAGCAAUAAAACAUUACAGAGUGA